UAUAAAAUACGGAAUGACAGAUGUCAUUGUUCUGACUUCUGAGUUUUGAGCCAAAUACAUUUUUAGGUUAUAUGUAAUUCCUAAGUUUUAAUUCUUUACUUUUACUGGUAUAAUAAUUUGGGUUAAAAACAUCGUUAAGCUUGUCUAUUAGUAAAUAUCCAAUAUUUCGACUCAAAGGAAAAUGGACUAUUUAAAUAUUUCAUUCAUUACCGGCAUAGGUUGUGGCUUGUGCAUAGGUGUAUCGUUAUUUGUAUUAAAAAAAGGUUUAGGAUUUUAUUCUAGCGCUGAAAAUGCUGUUAAAAAGUUUACCUCGAAGGAAGAAUACAAAAUGGUACUUGUGGUGCGGACGGAUUUGAAUAUGGGAAAAGGGAAAAUAGCUGCACAGUGCGCUCAUGCUGCGGUGGGAGCGUUCGAAAAGGCCCAGCGAAAAGACCCCGAGGGGCUCAAGUAUUGGCAAAUGACUGGCCAGGCUAAGGUGGCUGUGAAGACGGACUCUUUGGAUGAAAUUAAACAAAUAGUAGAUAACGCAAAGAAGUUGGGUAUAAUAACAUCGCUAAUACGGGACGCGGGCAGGACUCAGAUAGCGCCAAACACCGUAACAGUGUUGGGUAUUGGACCCGCUCCGAAAGAUGUUAUUGAUAAAGUUACAGGACAUUUGAAACUCUUGUAAUGUGACAAUAAACGAAUUAAGGAAA